AUGCUGGCGCUCAUGCAGCUUGAGCCGAGCAAACUUGUGGGAGACUAUGUGCCCCGCGAGCACGAUGGCAUGCCUCCGAUGCGUGAAGAUGAGGAGAGGUAUUCUCCAAAUCUGGUCAACUUGGUAAAGAACUGCCUGGAGAUUGAGGUCGACGAUCGUCUUAGCGCUCGAAAACUAUACGAGGCCGUCAUGGUGCAAGUUGCUGCUUACGUGGGAAGAAGAGACGGCACACCCUUGAAGCUGAGGGACGCUGCGGCGGAUGAGAACUUCUGGCACAGGCCAGAUCGGUAUGUGUUAUGGGUGCCGCCGGUCUGA